AUUUUGUUUAAAUCGAUCCCUUUGAAAUUCAAAAGACAACAAUUUAGACCUCUCUUGCUUCGACCUCUCUGCUCUGCUGCUGGUGUUUCCUGCGCACUUCCCAAUCACAUGGGCGCCAUGGGAAGUUGGGACUUUUGAUCCUCCAGAGCUGUCCAAAAUGGAAUUUUAGGUUAAUCUAGAGCUGUGGCUUUGAGAUGGAGGAGGUGGAGAGGGCUAAUAGAGCUGCAACCUUGAGCUGUCACAGAGUUCUUAGCCUCCUUUCCCAGCCUCAACAUAAAGCCCAAUCUUCAAACUUGUUGAGUGAGACGCGGGAUGCUGUUACAAGAUUCAAGAAAGUGGUUUCUUUGCUUACCAAAAGUUCUGGCCAUGGAAGAGUUAGGGUUGCCAACAAAGCCAUAUCUCCCUCCUAUCACAAUAAACUCCUCUCAGACAAUCAAUUGUUGUCGAAGAUGGAGCACAGUCCCAAUCCAUACCAACAACUUCCAAGAACUAGUUUAGAGGGAAAAGUUCACUUUUUGGAUUCAAGUGCUAAGAACCCUUUCCAACUAUCCCAGAGGAGCCUCUUUGACAAUCAACAUGUGCCACUGACCUCGUCGUCAAGUCAUUAUCAGCUUCUUCAGCACUCAUCGAGGAAUGAUCCCAGGUAUCAGCUUCACCAGCAGAUGAAGCUCCAGGCUGGCAUGUUUUGGAGGAGUAAUAGUGCCAUCAACAUUAAAUUUGAGAGUUCUAGUCACACACCUUCAGCAUCAACCACAAGGUCUUUGUUGUCUCUAAGCAUGGAUGGUAGUGUGGCUAGCUCGGAUGGAAAGCCAUUCCAUCUGAUUUGUGGACCAGCUUCGUCUGACCCAGUAAAUCUGCACCUGCCUCCCAAGCGGAGGUGUGUAUGUAGAGCUCAAGAUGGAAAUGAAAAAUAUGCCACAUGCAGCCAGUCACAUUGCUCAAAGAGAAGGAAGCUAAGAGUUAAGAGAACCAUUAAGGUGCCCGCUGUCAGUAAUAAGCUAGCCGAUAUCCCGCCCGAUGACUACUUGUGGAGAAAGUAUGGACAAAAGCCAAUCAAGGGAUCUCCUCAUCCUAGGGGAUAUUACAAAUGCAGCAGCAUGAGGGGUUGCCCUGCAAGGAAACAUGUUGAAAGGUGCUUGGAAGACCCUUCGAUGAUGAUUGUCACUUACGAAGGCGGGCACAAUCACACCCGGUUGCUCACCCAGUCUGACCAGACGAAGAUUUUUGUCAUUAACUCCUGCUGAGCAACUUGUUUAUCACCUUCCUUCGGUCCUUGCACCACCUCGACGAUCAAAGAUAAGGCUGUGGCAAUACUUAUGUUGUCCGGUGAUCUAUGUCUCCGUGGUGCACAUCAUGGAACACCACCUGCCUCUCCUCGGUUUCGGACAGAAGCAAGUUAAGCCUAAAUUGCUUCCGCUUAGAUAAACAAACUACAGGAGGUUAGUUUUGCUAUGGCUUUUGCAAAUCUUCCGCGAAAGCUGCUUUCUACCUCCAUAGCAAAUAGACCUUCUAGAUUGAGGUGAUCAAUAUAAUGAUAAAACCAAGAGUGAUUUGUUGUGAUUUUGCCUAGUGCAAUAUCAUCAGUAGUUUUUGUACACAAAAAAGAAAAGCAAAAUGAAAGCACAGUGAUCAAGGAUGGUUUGCUAAGUAUCUCCAAGACUAGCUCAAUCCAAAUUUCACUUAGUUGAGAUAUUGCUAUUAUGGUUUAGCAAAUGUGGUGCCAUUGGAUGAC